AUGCAUGCCACACUGUCUGGGCCUGAUCAAUAUCUUCGGCGGGAUGGGAUCGAAGUAGGCCAUCCCAGCGUUGGAGAGAACUACGCAGAGAAUCAGCUCGUGAUGAAGUUCCAGGAUGCAUUGCUCAAGAACAAACUGGUCAUUGAUGGAGAUACCGCCAAGGUUUCCAGAUUCGGGGUCAUCCCUCGCAUCCCGACCGUGGGAUCUCCCGGCAUUCGCUGGAUCGACGUCCUGGAUUGGACAUCAUUCCACUACAUCAACGCCUGGGAGGAAGGGACGGACAAGAUUGUCGUGCUCAGCUCAUUGCACGAGAUCCACCUGGACCUUCGAUCUGGACGGUCGUGGAAGCAACAUGUGUGCUCAGCCAGACUGGAUUUUGGACAGAUCAACCAGAAAUUCUUGGGGCGGAAGAAUCGGUACGUCCAUAUGUGCUACUAUGGGCCAUGGCCCAAAUUCUCGGGCCUGGCCAAGGUCGAUCUGGACGCUCCACGGGUGCCCAGUGUGGUAAUCGACGGAACAAGUGACCCGGACCUCAACGAGCCGUGCAUUGCGGCGUCGAGGAGAUUCGAACGAGGUCAGUUUUGUGGCCAGCCUUUCUUUGUGGUGAAUGGCGAGGAGGAAGACGAUGGAUACGUCUUAAGCUACAUCCACAAUGAGGAAAGUGGUGUCUCAGAGCUUUUGGUCAUGGAUGCCAAAUCGCCCAUGCUUGAGACAGUGGUUUCUAUAGAGUUGCCUACUAGAGUUCCAUAUGGAUUCCAUGGGAUCUUUAUAAAUUCCGAUCAAAUAGCCAACCAGAACCAUGCCACCUUGAACGUCGUCUGCUUGUUGGAGGAAUCCAUACCAAGAGAAGGCAGUGAUCAUGAUCGUCCCACUCGGGCAUUCAAUCAACCAGCUGCUUGGCCUGGUCAAGAGAUGUGA